AUGGGCGUCCCGAAGUUUUUCCGAUGGCUCGCCGAGCGCUACCCGCUGCUCCAGCAAGAGAUCGCGGGAAAUCAGAUCCCGGGGAUCGAUAACUUGUACCUGGACAUGAAUGGUGUCAUUCACAACUGCUCGCACGGCGCAGGGACGGAUGUGAAUACGCGAAUGACUGAAGACGAGAUGAUGUCCAAGGUUUUCGCGUAUUUGGAUCAUCUGUUUCGAAUGACGCGACCGAAUAAGAUGCUGUACAUGGCGAUCGAUGGCGUGGCACCGCGAGCGAAGAUGAACCAACAGCGGAGUCGACGAUUUCGAAGCGCGGCGGAGGCGGCGAAGGACCGCGAGGAAGCGCGUGCGAGAGGCGAACCGGAGCCGGAGGGCGAACCGUUUGAUUCCAACUGUAUCACGCCGGGGACGGAGUUCAUGGCGCGGUUGACGGAACAUUUGAAAUUCUACGUGCGUAAGAAGCAAACGGAAGAUCCACUUUGGGCAAAGGUGACGGUGAUAUUGUCUGGGCACGAAGUCAGAGGUGAGGGCGAGCAUAAAAUCAUGGAGCACAUUCGAUGGGCGCGAACGCAGCCGGACUGGGAGCCGAAUCAAACGCACUGUUUGUACGGCCUCGACGCCGAUCUUAUCAUGCUUGCUCUCGUCACGCACGAACCUCACUUUUGUUUGCUUCGUGAGGUCGUGAAGUUUGGCGGCGGCGAGAAAGGGCAGCCGAGCCGGGAGAUUUUGUCCAAUCCCACCGACGACGGCUUCAUCUUGUUGCACAUCGGCUUGUUGCGCGAGUACUUGGAUUUAGAAUUCCGCGAAAAGAAUCUUCCGUUCGGAUACGAGCUCGAGCGCGUCAUCGAUGACUUCAUCUUACUGUGCAUGCUCGUCGGGAACGAUUUCUUGCCCGCUCUGCCGACGCUGAACAUCGCCGAGGGCGCGCUGAACACGCUCUUCAAAGUGUACCACGACACGUUGCCGAUGCUUGGAGGUUAUAUCACUGGCGAUGAAGGGGGGGGUACUUUUAACCCUGAACUUUCUGCCGACCCGACAAUGAUGAACGCUGCGAAGCGGGCGCUGAUUCUCGAAGGUGGCGAGGAGGGCUUGCAAGCGUGGAAGGAUACGUACUAUCGCGAAAAGCUCGGUUUGAAGAUUGGCGAAGCUGCACCGCUGGGUGAAAUUAGACAAGCUUAUUUCGAUGGUUUGAACUGGGUCUUGCGUUACUACUAUCGUGGUGUUGCGUCCUGGACUUGGUACUAUCCCUACCAUUACGCGCCGAUGGCGAGCGACUUGUGCGCCGGCAUGGGCGGUCUCACGUCUGAGUUCGAUUACGGCGAACCGUUCAAACCUUUCGAGCAGCUCAUGGCUGUACAACCACCAUCGAGCUCCAAGUUACUCCCCGAGCCAUUCCGCCACUUCAUGGAAGAUCCGCAGUCGCCCUUGGCUGAGUUCUUCCCGGAAGACAUCAAAGUUGACUUUGAAGGCAAGCGCAACGACUGGGAAGGCGUCGUGCUGUUGCCCUUUUUGGACGCCGAUCGCUUG